GACUGGCUGCAGGGACCCUACCUCUACAAACUCUACCAGCACUACCAUUUCCUGGAAGGACAAAUCGCCAUCCUCUACGUUUGCGGCUUCGCCUCCAGCGUCCUUUUUGGGUUGGUUUCUUCUUCUUUAGUAGAUCGAUUGGGUCGGAAAAAAUCUUGCGUUCUUUUUUCUUUGACCUAUUCGAUUUGUUGUUUGGUUAAACUCUCCCGGGAUUACCUGGUGCUGGCGGUGGGGAGGGUUUUAGGAGGGUUGUCCACGGCGUUGCUCUUCUCCGCCUUCGAGGCGUGGUACGUCCACGAACACGUGGAGCGGUACGAUUUUCCGACCGAGUGGAUCGCCGUCACCUUCUCCCGGGCGGCUUUUUGGAACAACGUGAUCGCCGUGGGGGCCGGGGGGACGGCCGAUUUCUUCGCCGAGUGGUUGGGGUUGGGCCCGGUGGCUCCGUUCAUGGUCUCCAUCCCCCUCUUGGUGCUGUCGGGGGUUUUCGCCGUCAAAAAUUGGGAUGAAAACUACGGGAAGAAACGAACUUUCUCCAAAACCUGCGGCGACGGUUUGAAGUGCCUCCUCUCCGACCAUCGCGUCCUUCUCCUGGGGACCAUCCAGGCACUGUUUGAAAGCGUCAUCUACAUCUUCAUCUUCCUCUGGACGCCCGUCCUGGAUCCCCACGGCGCUCCUUUGGGCAUCGUCUUCUCCGGUUUCAUGGCCGCCAGCAUGUUGGGCUCCUCGCUUUACCGCCUGGCCGUCUCCAAGCGUUACCACCUCCAGCCCGUCCACCUCCUCUCCCUCGCCGUCCUCCUCGUCUUCUUCUCCCUCUUCAUGCUCACCUUCCCCCCCACCCCCGGCCAGGAGAGCCCCGCCGAGUCCUUCCUCGCCUUCCUCCUCAUCGAACUCUCCUGCGGGCUUUACUUUCCGGCUAUGGGUUUCCUCCGACGGAAAGUUGUUCCGGAAAAGGAUCGUUUAGGGGUAAUGAACUGGUUUCGUCUCCCUCUGAACUUACUGGCGUGUCUGGGUUUACUGGUUCUCCACGACAGCGACCGUCAGACGGGCACCAGGAGCAUGUUCGGCAUCU